AUGCGCCCGGUUGAGCUUGACCCGUCAAGAAUAACAAGCUGGGGGAUCAAUGGAGGCUCUGUAGAUCCGAAGAUUCUUGAAAAGGCCCUCGGAGAAACAACGACAAGUUCACCGGAAGGAGAGGUUUCCAGAGUUUCUCCUCAACGAGAAGCGCCUCCUCCCCCGACGCCAAUGGUGAAAAGCCAGAAGAAGGAGAAAGAGAAGUCUCCAAAAAUGGAGAAAUUGGAAAAGAAAAUCAGCAGAAUAAGUAUGAAGCUAAAGCCAAAGGGAACUGCCGCGCCCAUUACAGUAACCGCAUUGUCCGCUAAUUCGCCCACUAAUGCUGAGAAGAGCCGUAAUAAGCCACAAACUAUCACGAAUUUAUGA